GCUCGUCGUCAUUUGUCGGUGGAUCCUCUUUGCGAAGAACAACCUCGACGCAAAACUUCCCACACCAGCCUCGCGGCACAACACGCGCGCCUGGCCAGCUUCCAAUACCCAAAAAGGACCCCUCUCCGCCACUCAGCCAGCAGUCGCAGCACAACACCGCCAUCAUGCCGCCCAAGAAGCAGCAGCCGGAAAAGCCCAAGGGUGCGAAGGUCAACGUCGACAAGACGUUUGGAAUGAAAAACAAGAAGGGCGGUGCCGCUCAGAAGCAGAUCAAGCAAAUCCAGCAGGCCGCCGCAGCCGGCGGAACGCCCGAACAGAAGAAAAAAGAGGCCGAGAAGAGACAGCGUGAGCUCGAGAAAAAGGCGUCUGAGCAGGCACAGAAGGAGGCAGCUGAGCUCUUCAAGCCCGUGCAGGUGCAGAAAGUACCUUUUGGCGUAGAUCCGAAGACGGUGCUGUGCCAGUUCUACAAGAAGGGACAUUGCGACAAGGGCAAGAAAUGCAAGUUUUCUCAUGACCUAAGUAUCGAGCGCAAGGCGGAGAAGAAAUCGCUCUAUCAAGACCCGCGUGAGCAGGAGAAGGAAGAGAAAGAGAAAGACAAGAUGGAGGACUGGGAUGAGGAGAAGCUGCGCAAGGUUGUUACGUCAAAGCAUGGCAAUCCCAAGACGACGACCGAUAAGGUUUGCAAGUACUUCAUCGAGGCUGUCGAGAACCAGAAGUACGGUUGGUUCUGGCAAUGUCCCAAUGGCGGCGACAAGUGCAUGUAUCGCCACACUCUGCCGCCUGGGUUCGUCCUUAAGACCAAGGAACAGCGCGCUGCCGAGAAGGCCCUCAUGGACAAGUCGCCACUUGCCACGCUCACUCUUGAGGACUGGCUUGAGUCUGAGCGUCACAAGCUCACCGGUCCCGGUACGCCCGUCACGCCGGAAUCGUUCGCCAAGUGGAAGAAGGAGCGUGUCGACAAGAAGCAAGCUGAAGAGGAGGCCAAGCGCGCCAAGGACGCGACUGGCCGUGCCAUGUUCGAAAAGGGCGACUGGCAGGACAGCGACAGCGAGGACGAGGAUGACGAUACCGGUGCAUGGAACCUCGAGGCACUCAGGAGAGAGACCGAAGCCGCCAGGGCUCGCAAGGAAGAGGAGCGACUGGCAUCGCUCAACGGCGGCAGUUCUGCUACGCAGGUGCCAGCACCGGAGGCGCCAGAGGUGCCCGACGCUCCCUCGGUCGAAGAGGUUGUGUAAAAAGGGGUAUUUGGGUGGUGGAUGUUUUGAGGAGUUGAUGGGUAUAUCACUUGAAGGGGAGGGUUCCGGUACUGUUGGAAUCUCCUUAGAGGCGUUAUUGUUUGGGUGUCAUGGUUUCACUCCACCAUGACCUUACGAGCAUUUCUGCGCGGGUGAGUAAGACCCCAAUCAGAUACGGUCUUGGACACAUAGGUACGAUCAUUUCUAUAGAUUAGGAACAUGGAUCGUCUCUUAUAGCUUCAAGAAAUGAAAAGCACAGG